AGAAGCUCCAUCAGCAAGCGACGUUUCCUGCUGUCUAUUAAUGUUGCAAUCAAACCGAAAGGGAGAGUGUGCAGCUCAAACCCUCCUCCUGAUCGUUUAAAGCUCAGAAACACUCCCCCAGUGAGGUGUUCCUCUCCAUCAGCUCCACAGCGCUCAGAUCUCGGAGUCAAUGCAUGCAGUCCACCAGAGCCUCGUCACAAGAGAACCGAUGUCUAUCCCAACGCCGAACCCGUCCAACUCCAGCAACUCCACCGUGUUCCCCGGCGAGGGCAUGCGCGUGCUGCAGAUGGCGCUGACCGUGAUCAUCUUCAUCGUGGGCGUCUCUAUGAACGCUCUGGUGGUGUGGGCCCUCGGGCUUCGAGUCUGGUGUCGAAACCGCUGCGUGACGGGCGAAGCACAGAGCGCAGACAGCUUCCGGAUCUACGUGGUGAACCUGGCGCUGGCGGAUCUGGUGCUGCUGUUACGGACGCCGCUGAUGCUUCCCUACUUAGCCAACAACUUCACAUGGACACUGGGGGAGUCUGCGUGUAAGCUGGUGAUUUAUUUGCGAUGCCUGGGGUUGUACGCGAGCGCGUUCUUGCUGUGCGCCGUGGCGGUGGAGCGCUGCUUGUGUCUGCUCAGACCCGUCUGGGCUCGAUGGAGACGUCCUCGUUGGGUCGUGCCACUGGCUUGCGCCGCGAUAUGGGUGAUAGCAGCGGUUUUCGCCGCUCCCUACAUCAUAACAGCCAAAGUCAUCCUCUGGGAAAACCGUGAGGCUUGCUUCGAAAGCGAUUUGGGAAUAGGACAAGCCUUGAAUGUGUUGGAGACCCUCGCAGGAUUCUUGCUACCCUUGUUGAUCUUCUUGUCGUGUAAUAUCGCCGUUAUAUUCUGCGCGAAGAAAGCUGAGAGCACGAUGACUUCCCCGACCUCGUCAUCGGGGCCGGGGUACACAAGCCACCGACUCACACGUCUCUAUCGCGUACUCUUCCUCACCAUGCUCCUCUUCCUCACCUGCUGGGUGCCGUACUUCAUCUGCCGCUUCCUGAGAGCGCUUUCUCACGAUCGACCCGACUGGAAGAAGUUCAAAGAAGGAACAAUCGGAGCGGCGUACGUGGCGCUGUUUCUGGUUUACAUAAAAAGCGCGCUCAACCCCGUGUUGUACGUGUUCGCGGCUCGCGGUCUCGGACGCACGGUUCGCGCAUCGCUGGUCUCCACGCUCGAGCACGUCUUCAACGAGGAGUCUUUGCGGAAAAAGUCGUUGCGAAGGAGGGACUCUGAGGUUUAGUUUUGAUGGAGUUGAUGAACGCUGACUGCGAGCAGAAAACACGUACAGCACUGCAUUGUUUAAAUCUUGGAUUUAAUUGUGGUGCAUUGAAUUUAAGGAACUUUCCAGCAAAUGCAAGGCUUUCCUUCCUGUGACCAAAGCCUGGUCAUGUCCUCUUAUAGAACUCUCAGGACAAAAAGGUACAAAAGCUGUCACAGUGCCGCAACCUUUGUACCUUUUGCAUGUUCACACUUGUCAUCUUUGGUUCUUAGAUCACACUUUAUACAUCGCAGCUACUAAGUUACCGCUUCCCCAGCUACAACUUUUGUACCUUUUUUAUUUUUUUUGAGAAAGAUGUAUAUACAGAAAGCUUUGAUUGAUUGUUUUAAUCUUGCGUUGCAUUGUGGCACUUGCAUUUUAGGAACUUAAGAGCAGAUGAAAUGCUUUCCUUCCUGUGACUAAAGACUGGUCAUAUCUACUAUUACGCAAUUAGAGAUGUGCCCGAAUAGAAAGCUUUCAGCUUGAGUAUUAGCAAAGCAUUUAAAACAAAACUACACACAUCAACCCAAACAUAAGAUUGAGAUUUAGAAGUUGAUUGAUUUACCAGACAGCAGCGGAAUCAGAAUCCCAAGCUUGAUAUCCCAGCAUUAAUGCAUGAAAAGCAUGUUAUUUCUGUGUCUAGUUCUCAAUGCACACUUGUGGUUUUCAAAUAAACAAGCAGUUGCUUUGUUUAUCGUC